AUGCCCGACGAGUACAACGCCAAGGAGCAGGCCAGGGUCUACCUCGAGAGACUCGCCGGCGAGGUAUCCCAUGGUGCCAAGCUGUUGCCGUUCGGGUCAGUCACUCUUGCUGCGAUGCCGUGCUUUCGGGUUUCGUGUGGCGCUGCUCGUUCCCUCGCACGGCGCGCCCCAUGCUUUCCGCGCAACCUUUCGACUCGCUCAUGGGGAAUCGUCUUCACCUUCUACGGGUACCCCUUUUAGAUCGAUGGCCAAUGGCUUUGCGCUCAAGAACUCGGGUCAGUCACGAGGCGAGGCGAGGCGAGGCGAGCAGCCGCGUUGUCGACGGUCGCAACUCAGGGCUCAGGAGCUCAUGUCUUCUCUUCUCUGCUUCCCUUUUCCUCCCACCCCAACCCCCAACCCCGACCCGACCCCGAACUCCUAUCCCCGUCAUGACAUCUAACCCGAUCGCCGGACACAUCCGAAUGAGCACCCCCGACGCCGUCCUCUACGCCGUCCUACACCCCCCCACAGACAUGGACCUGUGCUGUGUCUUGGCCCCCGAUGCGCCAGUGAGGAAUGCGGCCGAAUUGGUCGAAAAGCUAGGCACCCGGAUAGAGAAGGGUGCGUCCAAAUUGAACGAACGAACGAAACGUUGGCUUUGGGUCGAUCUCUGUCGCAGGACCUACUACUCUGACUGACUUGUGGCCCUGGCCGCGCCUCUCGCAGAGACCAACUUUCACGUCAAGAUGUUGCCGCGCGCUCGAAUACCCAUCAUCAAAUUAACAAUACCGCCCUCGGCGACCUUGCCCUUUGGCAUGGCCUGCGACAUUGGCUUCGAAAAUCGACUCGCAUUGGAGAACACGCGACUGCUCUUGACUUACGCCAUGAUCGACCCGCGAUUACGCACAAUCGUCUUGUUCCGUGAGUUCUGACUGCAGCCGGUGCGUGUGCUCACCUCGGCACCACGGCCACCCUGACACCCGUCCCGUUCCACGCAUGCUUCUGCAGUCAAGGUAUGGACCAAAAGAAGAAAGAUCAACAACCCCUACCGGGGUACCCUCAGCUCUUAUGGCUACGUUCUGCUGGUCAUCCACUUCCUCACCCACGUCAAGUCGCCGCCGGUUCUUCCGUAGGUCACUAGGGCAGCGAAUGCUUCACUGCUGCGCGAGCUCUGUGGUUUACGCUCCACAUCUUUUUCGCUCUGCACCAGGAAUUUGCAACGCUUGCCCCCACCGAGAUCCAUGCCGCCUGAAGAGCGCCAAUUCCAAGGCCACGACGUCUACUUCUUCGAUGAUAUGGAGUCACUACCUCGCGUGUGGCAGACCGCAAACGUCGAGACCGUCGGCGAACUCUUGAUUGACUUUUUCAGAUACUACGCCAAGGAUUUCAUGUACCAUCACCACGUCUUGUCCUUCAGGAGCGAAUAUGGCAUAUUGACCAAGGAAGCCAAGGGGUGGAAUCCCGAUGUGGGUGUUGCCGAUAAUAUCAUCAGCCACCAGACUAGUGGCAAUCGCUAAGUGCCCGCUUUGGUCCAAAAAAAGGUUGAAUAUGACCCUGAUGUCAUUGUGCGGGAUCUGCACAAACUGUGUAUCGAAGUGCGUGCUCGUCGAUGUGCGGUGGGAUCGCCCUGAGAGUUGUCGCUCACCUCGCUUUUGAACCAGGACCCUUUCCAACUCAACUACAACGUGGCUCGUACAGUCACCAAGGACGGUUUAUAUACGGUAUGUCUUUCCUACCCUGUCCGAAUUGGCGUACUCAGCUGAGCUGUCGCGUUUUACCCCUCACCGCCGUCCCGGUCAGAUCCGUGGCGAGUUCAUGCGAGCUUAUCGCAUUGUCGCUCCUUCGCGAGCGACGGACCGCAUCACGGCCGUGAUCAAUGAUCUCUGCGAAGAGCGCGAAGAUUCGCUCGUGAUUCAGCCUCCUUCGAGCGAAAGCCGAGGUUCGGGGCGGCGUCGCUCAGCCCCGUCACCUCGUAUCGUCCCCACGCACUUCGGAUCGAGUAUGGCCCCUCAACCGGGCUAUUUCGGAAUGCUUGCACCGGCCGUGCCUCCCAUGCCCCCGAUGAGUGAUUUCAGGAUAUGGUCCGCAGCGAACGGUGGGCCCGGCCCGGUGGCCAACAAUCACGAUUACGACGCUAGGGCCAAUGGAAGCGCGCUCAUCGACGACUCGGCCCCAACCUCCCCCAUUCUGGGUAUACCGGCGGCCGCACAGCCGACUCCCUGGGUCAAGCCGUCCGAGCGACCGUUUGCCAGCGGGAUCCAACCAAGACGACCUUCCAGCCAUUCAACGCUGCAACCGGCAAGCGUGAACGGCCGGCAGUGCCAGGCUCCACACCCGACGUCGUCGACGCUGAAUGGGGCAGAGGGUGCAACGAUCGAGAGAAGAAUGUCGUGGGAUGGUUCGGCAUCGACGUCGACCCCUUCCAACGGAGUUUAUGACCUUCAUCGUUUCUUCCAAAACCAACCCGAAGGAAGCUCAUCAUCGUCUAGCCACGAGCACCGAUCGGCAAUGACAGCACCAUCUAGUCCGGACCUGGGUGCUUCGGCCACGUUCGGAGGCUGCCGAGGCUACAGUAACAGUGGCCGUGCAAGUUUGUCGGCUCACGAUGGCACUGCUUCGCACGUCGGGCCGCGAUUUACCGCGCCGUCGCACUCUCGUGUCCCGCCGCUGCGAGCUGCUCCGUACCACCCUGGAGGGUACCCUGCUGCUCCGCCGACAUGGACCUAUGCUUAUCCGAUCGGCACGAGACCCAACCCGGGACCUAUAUUCCCCGUAGAGGAUCGGGAACAAAUUGCACUCGAAAACUCGAUCACCUUCGGCAACUUCCCGCCGGCGACAUCGGGCCCAAGCUCGUCCUCAGCGUGGACCGCAACCGAGGGCAACGCGACAGGGCCGCGUCCCCACGGAUCGUACGCUUUGGCUUGGGGCAAUCCUGGCUACGAGUAUCCAAUUUCCUCUUCGUCCCCUUCCACGGGAGUUACUCCUGCUCAUUCCUUGGCCACGUACGACGAUGUUGCCGAACAUGGCUCCGCCUCCCAUAUCGCCCAAGAUUCGGCCGCCGCGCAAAGGGAACCAGGUCUGGGAUCGACAAGGGGCAGAAUACUGAAUGGACUUCCGCCCUUGCUCCCUGCUCCCGCCGAUGAAUGGGACCUGGCCAGUAGACCGAGACAGAGAGGGCGAAGCGUACCCCAUGUUCGACUUGGGCCGGACGGUCGCGAGUCCAUCUUAUUUGGUGAGAUCCAAGUCACCCUGCCCAACCCGGUCCCGAACGAGGUCGAACCCGCCGACUCUUCGUUACGUAGCAGAGGACACACCGCGGUCACCAACAAGGUACCUCGGCUGAUCCCCAGCCUGACUACGUCCCCUCCAAUGCCCCUGAAGGAACUUAGCGUCGCCCGCGCCUCUUCACCCGUGGCAACGCUUACUUCUUCAACGAUCGCCGCCACAUCGCAAGCACCCGGGAGCCCCUCCAACUCCGCACCCGUCAGCUUUGCGACCCCUUCGACAAUUCUAAACCAUGCUUUCCAUUCGACGAUGCAUUCACAUGGGAGCUCUUCUUCAGCUUCGACGACGCCGACGCCGAGUCUCGGGCCGCCGAGGAGCGCGACGACGGCGUCAGCCCCAGCGCCGGUGGCGGCUGUACCAUCGAGGAAAGGCGUGACGAUGAGGUCUCCGGAUACCAGCGCGGGCGCGGGAUACAAACUUGGCGAUGGCGCAGCUACGGGGCUGUCCAUGUCAAAGCUGACGAUACGUGACGACCCACUGGAGAAAAGCGUCCGGAGAUAGAUGCACACCGACGCAGAACGCACUCGCGAUCUUUUUUGAUUCGAUCUUUCUCACCUUGCAUACACUAUUCACUCGCAAGCAGGUCGCAUCAACGACAUGGUGCUCGACCUGCUGCCGGGUGACGCUCAAACGUUCUACAGCGCGGAUUCGGUCGAAACGAAGACGAAUCACUGUUCUCGAUCGAGUAUCUUCAGAGUCUCAACAUCGCCGGGAUGGCGUUGCUCCACACUCGACGCGGGUCUCCACGACGGUCUGAGCCCAUCAUCGGGCUCCCAGAGAACAAAAAAGUAGUUCAGUGAUGAAAUGAAGGCUCUGUACAUUUGAUCGUCGUCGCGCGCUUCUCUCCCGACUUCAACCACUAGGCUUCCGUUCCUGGUUAGUAUACGUCGAUUCGUUCAACUUGCUAGAUUGAGUACAGCGGACUGACGGCCUUGCUGACUAUCCGUGAAACAGUUGAGAAGAUCUUCCAGCCCAGAUUCUAUUCCUGGCUCCGACGGAACGCAUAGAAGCCCGACGAGGAUUCAAUGGACCGCUUGAAAAAGUACGACGUCUAGACACAGCAUACCAACAGUUGUUCGUCCGGUUACGUCACUCACCAAACAAUAACAGCCGCGGAAUUCAGCGGCUUAUCGACACUGGGCUUCACUCCACGUCGUUCCGCAACCUUCCGCGACAUUCUAUGAGCCCGGUUAAAAUGACGCGCAGGCUUCUCCAUCUUUCUCCCUCCUUCUCCUCACACCUUACCCAUCGCACCCCAUCCCAUCGAACAGUACCGCAGCUGUUGCAGCAAAGUACAUCACAUUGAAGCGGGUCAACGGUUACGGUGGGAGGUGGCGCGCGGAGCGCGCCGCCGUACCUAGUGACUAUUAUUACACAUCCUGA